AUGUCUUCUUUUUGUCGCUUUUUGCCUAUAUGUUCUGUAGUUUUUCUUUUUCUAAGUGUUACUCAUCCUCCUACGUUUGUUGGUUUCUGUCAUUCUUUCUUUCCUCCACCUCCUCCUCUCCUCCUCUUCCUCCCACUACAACUACUACUCUCCCUUUUGACGUCCAUUUUACUUGGAGUUCUAGAAACAGCAGCGUUUUCUCCUUUUCAUUAUCAUUUUAUUUUUUCUUCCUCUUUUUCUUUUCUUCUACUUCUUCGUUUUCUAAAUAUGUCAUUUCUUUUCUGUUUCCCUCGAUUUCUUCUCUUCUUUGUCUUCUUCUUUGCCGAUUCAAAGUUUUUCUUCGAGUUUUUUUUCUUUUUUUCUUAUUUUAAAUUCUUCUAUGAAAUCUUCUUGAAAAUAUUUUAUCCUUCACGUUUGUUUUUCUUCUUCUCUUCCCACGUUCUCAUAUUUAUUUUCUUUUUCAGUUUCUUCUUCUUUAGGCAGUUUUUCUUUCAUUCUCCAUCUACGUUUUUAUUUUUCAUCAUAAUCUUUCUUUUUUCAGUCCUCUUUAUUCUCUUCUCUGUCUUCUCUUUUUUUAAAAUUUUUUCUUCAGUUUCUUUCUCUUUCCGUCCGCUCUUUAUUCUUCCUUACGUCUACAAAUCUACUUUCUUCUUCUUCUUCGCCUUCUUCUUCUUUUCUUCUUCUUCUUCUUCUUCGCCUUCUUUUUCUUCUUCUUCUUCUUCUUUUCUUCUUCUUCUUCUUCUUCUUCUUCUUCUUCUUCGCCUUCUUCGCCUUCUUCUUCGCCUUCUUUUUCUUCUUCUUCGCCUUCUUCUUUUCUUCUUCUUCUCGUUUAUCUUCUCCUUCUUGAUGUUCUAUUUCCUUCUGCUAAAUUUCCGUUACUAUUCCUCAUUUUGUUCCUUUUUUCUUUUUUCCUUUUCUUUUUCACCGUCACGUCUUUUUUUCAUCGCCUUUUUUUCUUCUUUCUUAUCGUCAUCAUCUUCAGCUAAUAUUCCUUUUUUCCAACGUCCUCUUUUCUGUCCAUCUCAAUUUUCCUUUGCAGCCUUCGUGAUUACACUUGAUAUUCUUUCUUCACUCCCUCUUUCACUUUCUUCUUUUUUUUCUUCAUAUGCUUCGACUUCUAAGAGUUUCAUUUCUUCUUCUUUUUACCCACUUAUUUGUUCCUUCUUUAGAUUGGUUUUUCAUUCUACACCAAAAUCAUUCUUUUCUUCUUUCAUUUUUCCUCUUUUUCUCUUCCUUUUGGUUCCCGCUACUCGUCCAACUAACGGCCUCGACCCCUCCUCUCCCUCUCCAACGCCAACGAGACUGGUGGCGCCAUCUACCCAACCAAUGUCCGGGUACCUACGGUUUAUGUCUCCUGGAUUUUUUUCGCUUUUCUUCUUUCUUAGGAAACCAUGUUUGUCUUUUUACCCACUCUCUCUCUCUUUCUCUCUCUCUCUCUCUCUCGCCUAA